UAAAGGGGCUGCCUGGUGCCGGGUCUGGUCGAUUUGCGGUCACACGCCGCCUCGCUCUCCGGACUGGGUUCUGCGCCUCCUCCGCUGGCCACCGUCACCCGGGAAACCAGUCGCGACCUCCAGCAGACCCGAAGCUGGUUUCAUGGCAGCCGCGAAGAAAGCAGUUUUGGGGCCGUUGGUUGGGGCAGUGGACCAGGGCACCAGCUCGACGCGCUUUUUGGUUUUCAAUUCAAAAACAGCCGAACUACUUAGUCAUCAUCAAGUGGAAAUAAAACAAGAGUUUCCAAGAGAAGGAUGGGUGGAACAAGACCCUAAGGAAAUUCUGAUGUCUGUCUAUGAGUGUAUAGAGAAAACAUGUGAGAAACUUGAACAACUCAAUAUUGACAUUUCCAACAUAAAAGCUAUUGGUGUCAGUAACCAGAGGGAAACCACUGUAGUCUGGGACAAGAUAACUGGAGAGCCUCUCUACAAUGCUGUAGCCGCUCCAGUUUCUCCUGGCCCUUCAGAUCCAGUUGCCGUUGUUCCCUCUGGCUCUUCAGUUCCAGCUGCUGGCCCUUCCUCAGUGUGGCUUGAUCUAAGAACCCAGUCUACCGUUGAUAAUCUUAGUAAAAGAAUUCCAGGAAAUAACUUUCUCAAGUCCAAGACAGGCCUUCCACUUAGCACUUACUUCAGUGCUGUGAAAGUUCGUUGGCUUCUCGACAAUGUGAAAGAAGUUCAAAGGGCUGUUGAAGAAGAUAGAGCUCUUUUUGGGACUAUUGAUUCAUGGCUCAUUUGGUGUCUGACAGGAGGAACCAAUGGAGGCGUCCACUGUACAGAUGUAACAAAUGCAAGUAGGACGAUGCUUUUCAACAUUCAUUCUUUGGAAUGGGAUAAAGAGCUCUGCGAAUUUUUUGAAAUUCCAAUGAAAAUUCUUCCAAAUGUCCGGAGUUCUUCUGAAAUCUAUGGCUUAAUGAAAAUCUCUCAUAGCCUGAAAGCUGGGGCCUUGGAAGGUGUGCCAAUAUCUGGGUGUUUGGGGGACCAGUCUGCUGCAUUGGUGGGACAAAUGUGUUUCCGAGAUGGCCAAGCCAAAAAUACGUAUGGAACAGGCUGCUUCUUACUAUGUAAUACAGGCCGUAAGUGUGUAUUUUCUGAACAUGGCCUUCUGACCACAGUGGCUUACAAACUCGGUAGAGAUAAACCCGUAUAUUAUGCACUGGAAGGUUCUGUAGCUAUAGCCGGUGCUGUCAUUCGCUGGCUAAGAGACAAUCUUGGAAUUAUAAACAGCUCAGACGAAAUUGAAAAACUUGCUAAAGAAGUAGGUACUUCUUAUGGCUGCUAUUUCGUCCCAGCGUUUUCAGGGUUAUAUGCACCUUACUGGGAACCCAGUGCAAGAGGGAUCAUCUGUGGGCUCACUCAGUUCACCAAUAAAUGCCAUAUUGCUUUUGCUGCAUUAGAAGCUGUUUGUUUCCAAACCCGAGAGAUUCUGGAUGCCAUGAACCGUGACUGUGGAAUUCCACUCAGUCAUCUGCAGGUAGAUGGAGGAAUGACCAACAAUAAAAUCCUUAUGCAGCUACAAGCAGACAUUCUGUAUAUCCCAGUAGUGAAGCCCUCCAUGCCAGAAACCACUGCCCUGGGAGCCGCCAUGGCAGCGGGGGCUGCAGAAGGAGUUGGCGUUUGGAGUCUGGAACCUGAGGAUCUGUCAGCUGUCACAGUGGAGCGGUUUGAACCCCAGAUCAAUGCUGAGGAAAGUGAAAUUCGUUUUUCUACCUGGAAGAAAGCUGUGAUGAAGUCAAUGGGCUGGGUUACAGCUGAGUCUUCGGAAAGCAGUGACCCUAGUAUCUUCUGUAGUCUACCCCUGGGCUUUUUUAUAAUGAGUAGCAUGAUAAUGUUUAUCGGAGCAAGGUACAUCUCAGGUAUCCUAUAAAUAAUAGAACUCAUGGAUUCCAAUGGUGCGAGCUCUUUACCUAACAAGAGACUCCAGCGAUUCUCUUACUCUGAUGACACUAUUCAUAGACUCUGAUUUUAUUUAUAAGCCAUUUGCUGCAUGACCCUCGAAGUUGACCUGUGGCUCGAAAUAAAGAAAAUGCAGCAGAAAGAAUGCUAUAGAAACAUGGGUGUGUUUUUUAACAUCAAUCAUAAGAUUGGACCAGCCACCUUUGGAGCUGACCCCUCCUUUGCCAUCACUUUCUGCCCCAUUUCCUCUAAGAUGUAGGAAGAAUCCAGAUCCUAUCCAUUGGCAGCUUUCCUCAAGCACAGUCAGAUGCUGGUGGGCCAGGAUUUGAUUCUCUGCACUACACACACUUGAUCAAGGGGUUAUUGCUAACUGGCUAAAAAUGAGCGACUUUGUGUUUCUUUUUAGCAGAACCCCGAAGUUCUCUUUUCUGCAUAUGCAGGAAGCCCACAGAAUCUUCACUGAUUGUUUAAGUGGAAGUCUCUACUAAAUCCUUAAAAUGAAAAUUUAGUAUUCUCGUAGCUUAGCAAUUUUUCUGAAAAGUAUUUGCCAAAAUCAAAAUUCUUCAGCCAUUUUACAUGGUAUCACUAAUUAUACUGCAUUGCUGUCUGGAUCUUAUAGGGAAGGACACUUUUUUUCUUUUUUUUCCCCAUCUCUGCUUUUUAUAUUUUUACUUUAUAUGUAUAACAUACAUGCCUAUAUAUUUUAUAUACUGAGGGUAGCCCAUUUAUAAACUAAGAGUACAUUUUACAUGGCCUCACUAAUUACACUGAAUUUGUGUCCGGAUCUUGUAGAAAAGAACACUUUUUUUCUUUUUAUAUUUCUUACUUUGUAUGUAGUACAUACAUGCCUAUAUAUUUUAUAUACUAAAGGUAGCCCAUUUAUAAAUUAAAAGCACAUUGUAUUCAGUAGGUUAUAAUGGGGCUGGUCUUAAGUGGACCACUAUGUGUAUAAAUAUUUUGGGGAAAACAGCUGUAUAUGUUUUGGGGCAACAGUUAUACAUAUUAUUUACCAGGAGAAACUUUUUCUUAAAGAGCCAACAUUUGAAAUUUAAAGUAUGUGUUCUAUGUCAAUAAAAGAAAAUAGACUUCAUUGUGACUUCAACUAUGUUUCUUAUACCUUACAUUUUUAUUUAAAAUUUUUAGCUGGAUAUAUGCUAAAGAGAGAAAACUGUGGAAUACUAUAGUAAAUACUGUUUUCAAACACAAGUACUAGUCCAUAUGAAGUUAUUUUCCUUUAAUGUAAUUUUAAACAUAUUUGGGAUCCUUUUGAGGGGAUGUCAAAAAAGGUUAAAAAUUUAAGUUAAAAAACACACACCGUUAGAAAUAAAGCCAAGAUCACUUUCCACCCAAAUAUGUUAUUAAUUGCUGAUAAGCAGUUAUAAUUUCUAUUUGGGAUGACAGUUACCUCUGCUUACUGUCAAAACUUUAAAAGGUUUACUAUUAGAAAUGGCUUCCAAUGAAACCAAGAAUUUCUCAAAAUAUUUAGUAUUGCGUGUGCCUAAUGUAGCUUCUUAAUGUCAAUUUUAAAAACAUCCUAAAAUUAAUUGCUGUUUACUGCAAGUAAGAAUAUACUGCCUCCUAAUUAUUUUAUUCAAUCAGUGCUGAAAAUGGAAAAAUAUUUAUAUCUUAAUAUGAAAAGUUUUGUUUGGAAUCAAUGCUAACUUGAAUUUGCAGUGCUCGUUGUGCUGUUUCUAAAUUGUUGAAUCUGCUGGGUUUUUAUUGAUGCUGCUGCCACUUUAGUGACAUAAAUAUUAAAGAAAGGUACUGUGAAAUUACUACUUUGUGGCAGGGUACUUUUAAACAUAACUGAUGUUUCUACAAAGGUAGUUUCAGUUCAUUGUAAAUAAUUGUAAAAAUCACUGUUCAGAUAAUAUUAAGAUUACAUUAAUUUUCUAUAAAUGGCGAUAUUUGUAAAUGUUUGAAAUUGUACACAUUGAUAUUUCAUGAUAAGUGUGCUUAAAAUAAAUUGACCCCUCAUUCUUA